CCAUUGGUCCUCCACUAACAAACUGAUUGGAUCUCAGGGCACAAACACACAGAGGCUGCCAGAGAGGUGUUGUAUGUGUAAGUGCUACUAUGGGCAGACAAUGAGCAAUCUGUGUGCUGAUCCCCCUCUCUCACUGCCCCCUGGAUGGAGUCCCAUGUGUGUGCCCAGCUGUGCCCCUACCCAUAACAUUGCUCUUAGCCAGACACUCAGCUGGAGCAGCAGACAGAUUUGGGGACAGAGGGCGAGAGGAUCAGCAUGGAGGUGGAUAAUAGAAGAAGGGAGAGAGGGUCAGCUUUAAAUAUUAACCGUUAUGCCACCAAGAAGAGCCUGGCAGAGAGCAUGCUGGAUGUGGCGCUAUUCAUCGCAAACACAGCACAGCUAAAGGCUGUCUUGGAACAGGGCCACUCUUUCACCUACUAUAUCACCCUCAUAACUCUCAUCAGUAUCUCACUGGUCCUACAGGUCCUCAUUGGGAUUCUACUCAUCAUCAUUGCUUGUAAAAACCUGAAUGACAUUUCCAAGCAGCCACAGCUCAAUUGGCUGAAUAACGUGGCCAUGGGAUUGGUCUUUCUCACCGUGCUAAUCAAUAUCUUCAUCACAGCUUUUGGGGUGCAGAAAACAAGCCUGUACCCCUCAAGGGGGUGAAGUGUCCUGCAAAAGCCAGGUGGCCUGGACUGAUGUGGAUGUCUGAUCCUCACUCCUCAGCAUUCCCCUCUCCCGCUCAGCUCCCUCUGUGAUUAAUCCAUAUUUAUCAGCAGACGUAUUAUAGUUAUUUAUUGUAUAAGACAUUUUAACCAGAAGCCUCAGGACAAGGUGGUAACAGACUAUCGGAGCUGCCACCUCAUCCUGAAUGCCUAUAAAAUCCCGGUGCUACAGGGUUGGUUACUAAACUGAUGGAUAGAUAGAGCUUGAGUGCACGGAAUGGUGCACCAGCACAACAUUGUGUGGAUUUUCAGCCGUCUGUUUUCAAAUUGAGAUGGAAACUCUAUGAGUUAUAGGGGUCCCAAUCAGCAUGUGGAGCUGGAUUAGGGAUAAAAGGAUGUCUCUUACAAUUUAGAUAGGCUUCGGGUCACAGGGAUUGUCCAAAACUCCUUCAGCUAUUAUUGUUUCAACUCAAGGGGACCCUGGAAUGUUGGGGACCCAGAGCAAAUGUUCUUUUUCAUCAACCCUGCAUUAUAAUUGGUGGCAGCCGCCCUUUUUCAAACUGCAUGGGGAGACUUUAGCACACACGCUUCUCCAUCAUUUGCUAAACCAUGCAUGUUGGGAGUUGUAGUUCGCAACAGACAUAACACCCAGGAUCAUACCCAGGGCCCCUCUUAAUGUUGCCAAGCAGACAUUUUUCCUAAAAUGUAAUAUAUUGAAGCCGCUUAUCAAGUAGCGCUCUGGUGGAGCCCCCUCGCAGUCACACAGUCUACCUCCUCUAUAGUUGUCCCUAAAGGGAAAUAGAACAGGCUCUGUAAUAAUAAACUACUUUGUUUCUAUAUGGCCCCCAA